ACGGAAAAUAUAUUUCCAGCUCAUUUGCACAGGUACAGACUCGAACACAUAUGUAUAAGUGCUCCAGCAGUGCUUUGGGCCCUAAAUGUGUUGAAAUCUGAUGCUCCUCCACUCUUACUCCCUCUACUGCUCCUGCUCUUGCUAUGUGAAUCAGUCACCUAAGCAAGGAGCACCAUUUUGUUUCUUUUCCAUUGAAAUGGUCAAAAUGUUUACGUUUCUUACGUUUCUUAGGCUUCAUCGUGGGGUUUUGCAUCAAGGAGACUUCCAGAAGUUUCAAUUCACUUUUAUUGUUUCUGACAAUUUCCUUUUAUGCACGGGCCACAUAUCUCCAGAACCAAUUCUUCAUCUCAGGUCUUUCGGGAGAUGAGGUUAUACGGAACCGCAUACUAGAAUCAUUAUAUAGGCGUAUUAUGCGAGCAUACAAUGAGAAGAAGUGUUUCAGGGCUUUUAUUGUCAUACCACUUCUACCUGGCUUCCAGGGGGGCGUGGAUGAUGGUGGUGCAGCAGCUGUGAGAACCAUUAUGCAUUGGCAAUAUCGAACAAUUUGCAGAGGACACAAUUCAAUAUUGCAUAAUCUUUAUGAUCUUCUUGGUUCUAGGAUGCUUGAUUACAAAUCGUUCUAUGGCUUAAGAGCUUAUGGCAGACUUCUUGACGGUGGUCCUGUGGCAACCAGUCAGAUAUAUGUGCAUAGCAAAAUCAUGAUAAUUGAUGACUAUAUAUCCUUGAUAGGAUCAACUAAUAUAAAUGACAGGAGUUUACUUGGAUCAAGAGAUUCUGAGAUUGGUGUACUUGUUGAAGACAAAGAAUUUGUUGAUUCAUGUAUGGGAGGAAAGCCUUGGAAGGCAGGAAAAUUUUCUUCAAGUCUUCGCCUUACGCUAUGGUCUGAACACCUUGGUCUUCCAGCUGGGGAGAUUAGUCAAAUAAAUGACCCGGUGGUUGAUUCAACUUACAAAGACAUAUGGAUGGCAAGGGCAAAGGCUAUUCUUGGCAUUAGGACUGAGAUGCAGGAUAAAUUAGCUGAUGAUUGUAAAGCAGCUGAAGUAUGCAUUGGUGAAAUUUUCAGAGUCUGUGGUCCUGAUGCAGUGACCAAGAAUUUGAAAGAUAUUCAAGGACCUGCCUUAGCUAUUGUUCUUGAACGACUGCAGCACUCUGGGGCUUUUCAAGAAACAUUUGAAGUGGCUAAAACAAUAUCGAUGGGGCCAUCACUGAAAAGUGGAUCAAAAGUUCACGAACCAGACGAGCACCCUCCUCAACAUAUUUCUUAACAAGUUCACGAAGCUAAAUUGUACAAGACUACUUGGCAGUAUGAGCAUUUUUGGGAGGAUUAAAUAUUUUUGGAUGGAUGUGUAUGGAUAACAAAUAUUAGUAGUUUUAUUUGUUGAUAGCUGCGCAUGGAUAACAAAUAGUUAUGUUUCAAAUUAUUAUG